AUGGCCACUCAGAUCGUCAUUCCCCGCUUCCUCCUCCCCCUACAGACUUCUCUGUGGCGGGGGGCAGCUGUCCGUGGCCUGGCGACGACUCCCCAGCACGGACGAGGACGCAAGCAGCUCCUAGCCCUCCGAUUUGCUUCGAGCAGCAGCGGCGGCGGUGAAAGCAGACCGAUCGUCCUCGAGAAGCCGACAAGGUUCAACCCCCCGUCUCACGGGUCGCGUCUCAAGCGCAAGACCAUACCUCGACACUACGCCGCUGAGCUGUCGCCGGAGGAGCUGGCAGCUCAAAAGCAACGAAACUAUCCCGGUCUUAUGGCGCCAGAAGGCACGUGGCAGCAUUUCUUCUGGCACAGCCGUCUCCUACACGUCUGCAUAACAAUGGGCACCCUCUUCUCCCUUAGCAUCUUCACCUUUUUCAUGAACUACGCCUCCAAUUCGCCCUUCAAGGACCUCUUACCCCCAAUAUCGAGCCUGUGGAGCCACCCGCUCGAGUUCCUCGCCGCGUGGAAAAAGGUCAUCAUCCUGCACGAACAGGACAAGGGCAUCAAGGCCUACGAGCACCGCCUCGCGCAGCAGAACGAUGUCGCCAAGAGGAGGUACUACAUGAAAGUCCACGGCAUUGAGACAAAAGAUCCCGUCACCAUGGUCUUUGGAAAGGGUGACGACGGCAAGACAGUGGAGCAGGUCGAGGCCGAGGUGCUGGGUCGACAAGUGCCAGAGUCCUUCUCAACCAAGGAGGAGCCCAAGGAGGAGCCCAAGAAGCGCAACAAGAUUUUGGGCAUCUUCUAA